AUCUGAUGGUCCUCAUCAUCAUCCCCAUCAUCAACAUCAUCAUCAUCAUCAACAUCAUACCACACAAUCACGAUUCCCAUACACAUCUACAACUCCCUUUUAAUCUCCUCCCAUAACUACACAAACACACACCUCAGUGUGUUUUUGUGCGUGUCUGUGCCACCAGAUUAAAAUAAAAAGCUUCCUCUGUUUCUGACUUUCAGUCUUGAAAACCUUAUCAUUCUACUAUAAAUAUAAAGGAAACCCUUAAAUCCUCUUUCCGUCUUUCGAUUUCUGAAAAGAAGUGAUCGAUUAUAAUGGGAGAGCAAGUAGCAAAGCCGGAGGAGGAGAAGAAACCAGAGGAAGAGAAGAAGGAAGAACCGGCGAAAGCUGAUGAGAAGAAACCAGAGGAGGAAAAAGACGCACCACCACCACCACCUCCGCCGCCGCAAGAGAUUGUUUUGAGAGUUUUCAUGCAUUGCGAAGGCUGUGCUAGAAAAGUCCGGCGGUGCCUCAGGGGAUUCGAUGGAGUGGAAGAUGUUGCUACGGAUUGUAAGACGCAUAAGGUUGUAGUGAAGGGAGAAAAAGCAGAUCCGUUGAAGGUUCUUGAAAGGGUUCAGAAAAAGAGUCACCGGCAAGUUGAGCUUCUUUCUCCGAUACCAAAACCGCCGGAGGAGGAGCCGAAAGUGGAGGAGAAAGAAGCUCCAAAACCGGAAGAGAAGAAAGAAGAGCCUCCUCAGGUGAUUACAGUGCUUCUGAAAGUAAACAUGCAUUGUGAAGCUUGUGCUCAAGAGAUCAGAAAACGUAUUCUAAGGAUGAAAGGGGUGGAAAGUGUUGAACCAGAUCUAAAAAGCUCACAAGUAUCAGUGAAAGGCACGUUCACAGCUCCACAGUUGGUGGAGUACAUUCACAAAAGAACCGGAAAACACGCCGUGAUCGUGAAACAAGACCCUGAACCAAAGAAAGAGGAGGACAAGGGUGCCGACGAGAAGAAGGACGACGGCGGCGAAAAGAAGGAAGAGGCAAAAGCAGAAGAAGGUGGCGGCGGCGGUGAAGAGAAAGAUAAGGAGAAAGACGAGAAGAAAGACGAGAAGAAGGAAGGCGGAGGAGAAGAAGCAGGAAAACCAGACGGUGGUCCGGAAGGCGGCGGCGACGGAGGAGGAGAGGAUACGAGGGUGGUGGAGCUUCGGAAAAACGAAUUCUACUAUUACCAUCCACAGAAUUACCAUGUAUACCCGCCAAGAUACACCGCAGAAUCGGCGUAUGGGUACCCACCAGCACCACAAAUGUUCAGUGACGAGAACCCCAAUGCAUGCACUGUAAUGUAAAAAAUGGAGUAAAUGUUAGAGAGAGAGAGAGAGAGAGAGA